AACAUUUCUUUCUUUCAUAGCAAAUGGCGGACGACGCCGGUGCUGCAGGAGGGGCAGGAGGAGGAGGAGGCGCUGGAGGAGGAGCUGCUGCCCGGGGCGGCUACCGCGGGGGCUUUGGCAGCGGAGGCCGAGGGCGUGGACGCGGCCGUGGCAGAGGACGGGGCCGAGGGCGCGGGGCCCGAGGAGGCAAGGCUGAGGACAAAGAAUGGAUUCCAGUUACCAAGCUUGGACGCCUGGUCAAGGACAUGAAGAUCAAGUCCCUGGAAGAGAUCUACCUUUUCUCCCUUCCGAUCAAGGAGUCUGAAAUCAUUGACUUUUUCCUGGGCUCCUCUCUGAAAGAUGAGGUUCUGAAGAUCAUGCCUGUUCAGAAACAAACCCGUGCUGGUCAGCGCACCAGGUUCAAGGCUUUUGUUGCCAUUGGCGAUUACAAUGGCCAUGUAGGCCUUGGCGUCAAGUGCUCCAAAGAAGUGGCAACUGCGAUUCGUGGGGCCAUCAUCUUGGCAAAACUCUCCAUUGUGCCAGUCAGGCGAGGCUACUGGGGCAACAAGAUCGGCAAGCCCCACACUGUACCUUGCAAGGUAACUGGACGGUGUGGCUCUGUCUUGGUGCGCCUUAUCCCUGCACCUCGUGGCACUGGCAUUGUGUCUGCCCCCGUUCCCAAGAAACUGCUGAUGAUGGCUGGUAUAGAUGACUGUUACACCUCAGCAAGGGGUUGCACAGCCACCUUGGGCAACUUUGCAAAGGCCACCUUUGAUGCCAUUUCCAAGACCUACAGUUACCUGACCCCUGACCUCUGGAAGGAGACUAUUUUUACCAAAUCUCCCUAUCAGGAGUUCACUGAUCAUCUGGCAAAGACUCAUGCCACCAGAGUGUCUGUGCAGAGGACCCAGGCAGCUGCUGUGGCAACUACUUAAGAGCAACUACUUUCUUUCAAUAAAGUAACAAAACCACCAUUUCUAAA